AUGGAUGAACGAAACGGUAACGAUUACGUCCCCUUCAACACUUCAAUUGCUGUUAGACGUGGCUGGCUUGUAUAUUUUGAGCAGUCUUGCAAUGGUCUUGUUCUCUGCACAGUUCAUGAUGGACAUGGUAGUGGUUAUUAUUACACAACUCGUGUCAUAUACAAUCCGUCCAUGAGGCAUUGCAAAACGCUUCCCUCACCUCCAUUCAGAAAAGCCACAGAUCGAGUUUCCCUCAAAGAUGUGUACUAUAUAGAAAUCUACUCUUCAAAGACAAACUCUUGGAGAAACGCAGGAGAUCCUUUUCCUUUCUCUUCACAGGAUACAUUAUCCGAGUCUGGUGUGUAUUGGAAUGGUUCAGUGCACUGGAUCAACCAGUGGUCCGCAACACUCCAUUAUUUCGAUAUUGGUUGUGAAUUAGUGAAGACAAUUGCAAUGCCAACAAAGCCGCACCUCAAAGGACAUUAUUAUGAUAAGAGAAUUGUGUACUUCAAUGAGUACAAGGGACAUAUUCAUCUAAUGCAGAUGUGCGAGGACGACAUGCCCUAUAUUGACAUCUGGGAGAUGCGUAGGACUAUACGGGAUGGAAACUAA